AAAAUUCGAUUGGAUAUGAGUAAAGUAGCCAUGUUUCUACCCCUUCGGUUCGUAAAAGCAAAUACACAUUUUAUAAGAACUGCGCCUUGUUGUCAAUUUGGUAGUAACUGUGUCACGUCAUCGUGUCAGUCCAUUGAAAGAUAUCGUACACGUAUUACGGUAACAUAUUCGUUUGUGAGAACAUUUUCUAUUUCUUCUGCAAAUAUGACGAAAAUAAAAGUAGGACCUGUUGUAGAUAUUCUUGGUGAUGAGAUGACUCGUAUAAUAUGGGAUUCUAUUAAAGAAAAAUUAAUUUUUCCUUACUUGGAUAUUGAAUUACAUACUUAUGAUUUAGGCAUAGAAAAUAGAGAUGCUACUGAUGACAAAGUAACAGUUGAAUGUGCUGAAGCUAUUAAACGUUAUAAUGUUGGUAUAAAGUGUGCUACUAUUACUCCUGACGAAAAGAGAGUAGAAGAAUUUAAGUUGAAACAAAUGUGGAAAAGUCCAAAUGGUACUAUUAGAAAUAUAUUAGGUGGUACUGUUUUCCGUGAACCUAUUAUUUGUAAAAAUAUUCCUCGAUUAGUCAUAAACUGGAAGAAGCCAAUUAUUAUUGGAAGGCAUGCUCAUGCAGAUCAAUAUAAAGCAACAGAUUUUAUAAUACCAGGACCUGGUAAGCUUGAGAUUAAAUGGACUGGUGAAUCCGGUGAAAAUAUUGUACACACUAUUUAUGAUUUUAAGGAUGCUGGAAUAGCACAAGCUCAAUAUAAUACAGAUGAAAGUAUAACUGCAUUUGCACAUAGUUCUUUCCAGUUUGCACUUAACAGAAAUUAUCCUUUAUAUCUCUCCACAAAAAAUACUAUUUUGAAAAAAUAUGAUGGUAGAUUUAAGGAUAUUUUUCAAGAAAUUUAUGAGAAAGAAUACAAGACUCAAUUUGAGGCAAAGAAAAUUUGGUAUGAGCAUCGUUUAAUAGAUGAUAUGGUGGCUUAUACAAUGAAAUCUGAAGGAGGUUUCGUUUGGUCAUGUAAGAAUUACGAUGGAGAUGUACAAUCAGAUUCUAUAGCUCAAGGAUAUGGAUCAUUAGGUCUUAUGACAUCCGUACUAAUAUGUCCAGAUGGACGUACAAUAGAAUCAGAAGCAGCUCAUGGUACAGUUACAAGACAUUAUCGCCAUCAUCAGCAAGGUCAAGAAACUUCUACAAAUUCUGUUGCAUCUAUUUUUGCUUGGACACGAGGAUUGUUUCAUCGUGCUAAAUUAGAUAAUAAUCAGAAAUUGCAGCAUUUUGCUGAAACUUUGGAGAAAGUAUGUAUCGAUACAAUAGAAUCAGGUUUUAUGACAAAGGAUCUGGCUAUCUGUAUUAAAGGAAUGCAUAAUAUUAGUAGAAGUGACUACUUAUCAACAUUUGAAUUUAUAGAUAAAAUUGGUGAAAAUUUAAAAAAAGAACUGGCUACUGCUUGACUACAUUAUCAUGAAUCACAGCAAAUUUUAUAUGCCAAGUAUUAAGAUCAUAGUUGCAUUUGUCACAAACAUAACAAAUGAUCAAAAUAUAUUCAAUUACUAUUAAAUAGCUAUUAUUUCUAUGAAAUUAACAAGGUAAUGGUAUAUGUGUGAUUUUGGAAUAAUAUUUAAACUGUGUAAUAUUUUAUAUUCAAUAAAUAAAUUAUAAAUACUGUACAAUA